AUGUCCGAUGCUUCCACCUGGUUCAAUGAAGUGGAUCCCCGUGAAUUAUACGCUGAUAAGGUCAUUGGGUGCGAUGGGUGCGGUGAUUCUCCGUUAAAUGGGAAAAAAGAUGGGAUUGUUUGUGGUCCGAUAUUACGUCUCAUAAACGUUGAUUAUGAAAAGAAUUUGUACCGUGGGUCGAUGCUUAUCGUUACCAAGGGUGAAGUUGCUGAGCCAAAAGUUGAAUUUCAAGUUGGCCAGAGUGAGGAGAAGAAUUUAGGGUCUGAAUCCAAGCAUCCUAAUUUGGAAACGGGCCAAUUUGUUGCGACGAAAUUUUAUUCGGAGUCUGAUUACAGCUUCUAUCGUUAUGCGAUUGAGAUCGAGCUUGAUUCUGUGGAACGUAUGUGUAAGUAUUCCAUUGAUGGUAAAUUGGAACCUCAGUAUAGGUUUUUCAUCCCAAGCCAAACUACCAAUUUUAACACAAUUUCCGUGUCCUGUAAUGGGUUUUCCUUGUCUGUUGAUACUACCAAGUUCAAAGGGUCUAUGUGGUACGAUAUCUUGAGGAAACAUGCAAACGUCCAUUAUCAUGUCAUUUUAGGUGGUGGUGACCAGAUUUAUUCUGAUUCCAUCAAACUUUAUUGUGAGAGCUUCCAAAACUGGCUGAAAACUAGCGACCCGAUCAAGAAAUAUUCUACGAAAUGUUCCCCGGAGAUGAGAUCUGACAUGGACCAGUUUUAUUUGAAAGAAUAUUUGGAAUGGUUCGGGUACGGCCAUUGGAAGGGGUCUACUGAAAAUUCAAGGACCACCCAGAGAUGUUUCCCAAUUGCAAUGUCGACUAUCCCAUCUAUUAACAUGUUUGAUGACCACGAUAUCAUCGACGGGUACGGUUCUUACUCUCAUAAAUUCAUGUUUACUGACGUUUUCAAAUCCGUUGGUAAAUCCGCGUACAAGUACUACAUGUUAUUCCAGCAUCAUACCUCUAUUGAGGAACCUGAAGCAUAUAACAAGGAAAAAUGUUGGGUGAUUGGCGCUCAGCCAGGUGCGUACAUCGGCGAAAAAUCCCAUUCCGUUUAUACUAGACUCGGCCCCACCAUGGCUGUUCUUGGUAUCGAUUGUAGAACUGAACGUAAAUUGACCGAGAUCUGUUCCAAGAAAACCUACGAUAUCCUUUUUGAUAAGUUGGCACAAGAUGCGAAACUGGGCAAAUUAGACCAUCUUUUACUCAUGCUCGGUGUUCCAAUCGCUUAUCCCAGAUUAGUUUGGUUGGAGUACAUCUUCUCCAGCAAGUUCCUCUUCAUCUUCAAAUGGUUAUCGAAGAAGGGGAUCCUUGCCAAGGGCUUGGUGAAUGAGUUUAAUGGGGACGUCGAGCUAUUGGACGAUUUGAACGACCAUUGGUGUGCGCAUUACCAUAAGAAGGAGAGAAACUAUCUCUUGGCUAGAUUACAAGACUUCUCAGCCAAGCAAGGGAUCAGAGUUACCAUCCUUUCUGGUGAUGUCCACUUGGCCUCUGUCGGUAGAUUCAAAUCCAAGGUUCAUACCCACCAUAUCACUUCUGCGAAAGUCGAUCAAGACAAAAAAGUCUUGAACGAACCUGAAAAGGACGUCAGAUUGAUGUUGAACGUCAUUUCAAGUGCUGUGGUAAACACACCACCACCAGACCAAAUGGCCAAGUUGCUACAAAAAAGAGUGAAGAACCAUCAUUUCGAUGCAAGCACGGACGAGGAUUCGGUGCCAAUCUUCACCACUGACGUCGAUGGCGAAAAUCGUUCCAGUAACGCCUUCAUGAACCGUAGAAACUGGUCCGAUAUCAUACCUGUCACGACGGUCCUCAAGAACAAAUAUCUAAACGACCAAUACAAAUUUGAAAUCGGUGAUAAGAUAGUCCCUGGAAGAGUCGGAAUCAAGACCCAAAUUGACGAAAAGACUAAUAUUGGCCACAUCCCAUAUCCAGUUACCGAAAAGGGUAUUAUUGCAACAAUUCAUAUUGAAAAGGAUACCAGUUCUGCAGAAUCAGAAACGGUAGGUUACACAAUUCCAAUCCCAGAACUACAAGCCACUGAAGAAAACCUCUCCCAUGCAGGUAUCAAGCAUUUAGAUCUAGCAUAA